UAAUUCACUAGCUCUGUGGGUGAUUCGAACCUUCUUCUAGUUUCGUAGUGCUGGGGAGACCUGCGGUCUCACUCAUACCCUGCAAUACCAUUCUCGGAAUCACCAGCGGUCUCACAUUAGAUGAUAUUAUCAUAUAAUUGCUCCAUUCCCCAUUGAGUACUUACGUGCACUAGAAACCUCAUAAAUCCGCCAGAGCUGCGCCACGCUGAAUACAACACUCAUGUCUAUCUCAAAGGGCAUCACAUUGAUAACUGGUUCUGCUCAGGGAAUUGGCCGCAGCAUCGCUCUGCGACUCGCACGAGAUGGCUUUGACGUUGCUCUCAAUGAUGUACCCACCAAGGGUCCCCAGUUAGAAUCGGUAGCGACAGAGAUUAAAAGCCUAGGGAGACGAGUCUGCGUUGUUCCCGCUGACGUGUCUGUCGACGAACAAGUCAAAGGGAUGGUCAAUGAUGCUGUUACCAAUCUUGGUGGAUUGGACGUCAUGAUUGCUAAUGCUGGAGUGGGGACAGUUACCUCGCUUAUAUCCUCAACUGUAGAGUCAUGGGACCAUACAUUGGCAGUAAAUGCCCGUGGACCUUAUCUCUGUUACAAGUAUGCUGCCAUGCAGAUGAUUGACCAGGGGCAUGGUGGUCGCAUCAUCGGUGCGAGCUCACUCGUGGGCAAAAUGGCCUUCCCCAAUAAUUGCGCGUAUGGAGCGAGUAAAUUUGCAAUUCGAGGGCUGACUCAAGUCGCAGCUCUUGAGCUUGGCAAAUAUGGCAUCACGGUAAAUGCGUACGCUCCUGGCGCGAUACAGACUCCUUUGACCGAGGAGAUGAUUAUGGAUGAGUCCGGGAAGAUUGAUUUUGAAACACUUAUCCCCGAUCCUGUCUCGAGGAAGUGGGUUAUGUCGGUAUUUGAAAAUGUUCCUAUCAAGCAUAUUGGUCAGCCCGAAGACAUAGCUAGCAUUGUAAGCUAUCUCGCGUCGAAGGAAGCGCACUUCAUUACCGGUCAAUGCAUUUCCGUCGAUGGGGGAAUCUGUAUGUCCUAAUAAAAGUUUUGGUAAUAAAGUUGCGCUAAACAAUGCAAGAAUUUCAUCCAAGAACACCGACCUGUGCCAUGCGGUAAAACCGUAGUAGAAUUAAAACGAUCUCGAGAACAGUGAAUCCCCGCAACAAUGACCCAGACCAAUGAGAAACAUCGUCCACGACCGGGAACAGACUGUUUGGUCUUUCGAGCGUCCUUUGCAGGUAUCCCUGUCAGCUGACAGACGUCAAAACCACGACUGCAUAGUGCCAGCUGAGCUCAGUCCGAGUCAAUGAUAACAACUCAAUCGGAUAGACAUUUGCUCUGCACUUGAAGACAGCAAAUGAACGCUAGGCUUUAAAGUUGGUUGGGAGUUUAAUAUUACCAGAAUCUGAAAAUCA